AUGGCAUUUGGAUCCUUUGAUACUAUAUGUAAUAAAACAUCACUACCUUUAUGUUCAGUAAUUGGGGCAAUAAAUCAAUCAGCAUCAUUUCAAAGAGGUAUAGUACCACAAUGUUAUGCUAGAAGUGUUGAAUUAGCAAAUACAAUGAUUUUUCAAAUUGGUAAUGCAUUUGUACAUUUUGGUGGAUUAAUUAUAUUUUUAAUUAUUAUAUUUAAUAUGAGAGCAAAAUAUACAGCUAUUGGUAGAAUUGAAAUGUUAAAUUUUAUGUAUUUAAUGAUUGGAUUAAUUGUUUCUAGUUUAAUUGUUGAUUGUGGAGUUGCACCACCAAGUAGUUCUACUUAUGCUUAUUUUGUUUCAUUACAAAUAGGUUUAGCUAGUAGUUGUUGUAUUGUUUUAUUAUUUAAUGGAUUAUUAUGUUUUCAAUUUUGGGAAGAUGGUACAAGAAAAUCUAUUUGGAGUUUAAGAAUUAUAACUUUUAUUUGGUUUGCUGUUAAUUUUAUUAUAAGUUUAAUUACUUUUAAACAUUGGAAUACUGCUUUAGAUUUUAGAAAAACUACUACAUUAUUUAUUUUUACUUAUGUUAUUAAUGCUAUUAUAUUAGCUACUUAUAUUGUAUCACAAAUUAUAUUAGUUGUAUUUGCAUUAGAUUCAUGGUGGCCAUUAGGUGCUAUAUUAUUAGGUAUAUUUUUCUUUGUUGCUGGUCAAAUAUUAACUUAUGUAUUUAGUAUGCAAAUAUGUUCAGGUGCUUCUCAUUAUGUUGAUGGAUUAUUUUUUGGUAGUGUUUGUAAUGUUUUCACAGUAAUGAUGAUUUAUAAAUAUUGGGAUAUGAUUACAACUGAUGAUUUAGAAUUUAGUGUUGCUAAUGUUGAACAAGUUGUUAAUGAAUUUGGUUCCAAUAAUAAUGGAGGUGUAGGAGUUUUAAAUUAUGAUGAUGAAAAAAGAUCAAGUAAUAUGUAUUUUUGA